UUCCUGAGCACCAGGUGAGUAUGAGGUGAGCUAUGUCGUCCUGCGUGAUGAAGUCCAGAAGCAGGAACCCAUACACGGCGGUGCAGGUGGACCCUGACAGCGACUACAUCACACCGGGAACUUUAGACCUGGAGCACCUGUUCUGGACCGGCACCGGGGCUCAGUAUGCACAUGUCAAUCAGGUCUGGCCCGGUGUCUACAUCGGGGACGAGACAACAGCUCUGGAGCUGGCUGGCCUCAGGGAUCUGGGUAUCACACACGUCCUUAAUGCAGCAGAGGGGAAGUUUAAUAAUGUGCUCACUGGUGCUGAAUACUACGCUGGCAUGGACAUCCACUACUUUGGAGUGGAGGCUGAUGACAAACCCUCUUUUAACAUCUCCCCAUACUUCUGCCCUGCAACCCAGUUCAUCCACGAGGCCCUCAGUGAUCCGCAGAACAACGUGUUAGUGCACUGUGUGAUGGGACGCAGCAGGUCAGCCACUCUGGUCUUGGCAUACCUGAUGAUGAAACACAGCUUAACGGUGGUGGAUGCUAUUGAGCAUGUGCGACAGCGGCGCUGCAUCCUGCCCAACCACGGCUUCCUCAGACAGCUCAGAUCGCUGGACAUCACGCUACAAGAGGACAGGUUGAGGGAAAAAAGAGAAAUGCAGCACUAAUAGUACACUGUAGAUUACGCCUUUGAUUAGUCUUCUUAAAUCAUCUCAUGUAAGACAAAAAAAAUCUUUGUUUCUUUAACUAUUGUAUCAUUAAACUCU